AGCGGGCAGUGGUGGCGCGGCGACCCGGAGGGAGCUCUGCUGAAGCGGCGGCGGGACGGAGGCUGGGCUGGGGAGCGGGUGGUGGCGCGGACCUCCGCGCCGACGCCGGGACUCUGCUCACCGCGACGCCGAUCUCUGCCUGGAAGAUUUAACCAAAGGCAAGGAGGACCAAUCUUGUCUCUGUGCUGCUCUUCACAAGACGUCUGUGACAGACUGUGGACCCAAGCUGCCCUGCUCGCCCCAGACAUCUUUCUGGGGUCUACUUGAGGUCAGCGGCGUGAAGAUGAGCAGCAUCCUCUUAGCAUGACGACCUUGGACCAUGUCAUCGCCACCCACCAGUCAGAGUGGGUCUCCUUCAGUGAAGAGCCACUGUUCCCCACCCCUUCAGAGGGAGCCGCUGAAGAACACUUCCCGGGACUCUCAUCUUCCUCAGACCCUUCUGAGAGCUCCUCUGGGGAGAACCCUGCCGUGGAUGGAGGCUGCCAGGACCUUUCCCACUCCGAGCAGGAUGACUCCUCCGAAAAGAUGGGCCUCAUCUCGGAGUCGACCACCCCUCCCGGCAGCCCAGUGCAGCCCACACCUGACCUGGCAUCGGCCAUCAGCAACUGGGUCCAGUUUGAAGAUGACACCCCCUGGAGCACCACCUCGCCACCUCACAAGGAAACCGCCCUCACAUUGACCAUGCCCUGCUGGACAUGCCCUUCCUUUGACUCUUUGAGAAGAUGCCCUUUGACCUCGGAGAGCAGUUGGACCACCCAUUCCGAGGACACCAGCAGUCCCAGUGUUGCUCCUUCGUACACGGACCUGCAGCUCAUCCAUGCGGAGGAGCAGGCAAGCAGCAGGGCGUCCAGGACCGACUCCACCGACAAUUCCUCCUCCCUCCAGGAAGAUGAAGAAGUAGAGAUGGAGGCCAUCAGUUGGCGGGCUGGCAGUCCAGCCAUGAAUGGGCACCCUGCUGUUCCACCAGGGACCUCUACCCGUUUCCCCAGCUGGGUCACUUUUGAUGACAAUGAAGUCAGCUGCCCUUUGCCGCCAGUCAGCUCUCCCGCGAAGCCAAAUCCGCCGCCGUCUGUUGCCACCGCAAUCCCAGAUGUACCUUCCAACUCAACUGGGUCAUUUAAGAGGGACCGUCCCAAGAGCACGCUGAUGAACUUCUCCAAGGGGCAGAAGCUGGAUAUUUCCUCCUUAAACCGUCCACCUUCUGUAGUCGAGGCACCCCCCUGGAGGGCCACCAAUCCUUUCCUGAAUGAGACUCUACAGGACGUACAGCCCUCCCCUAUCAACCCGUUUAGUGCUUUCUUUGAAGAGCAAGAACGGCGCUCCCAAAACAGUUCGAUUUCCAGUACCACGGGCAAAAGCCAAAGAGAUUCUCUCGUCGUCAUCUACCAGGAUGCCAUCAGUUUUGAUGAUUCAGGCAAAAGCCAGCCCCACCCUGAUGCCAUUGAAAGGCUCAAACAGCUCCACAUUGAUGAUCCCGAUCACGUUGGCAGUACGUCCCUGCCUGAUGAUGACCCCAUAGCCUGGGUUGAACUAGAUGCUCACUCACCUGCCUCCGCUCUGUCCCAGCCCAGAGAUGGAUGGCCAAUGAUGCUGAGAAUCCCCGAGAAGAAAAACAUCAUGUCCUCCAGGCACUGGGGACCAAUCUACAUCAAACUGACAGGCAGUGGUUACCUGCAGCUGUAUUAUGAGCAGGGGCUAGAAAAACCAUUCCGUGAAUUCAAGCUGGAGAUCUGCCACGAGGUUUCCGAACCCCGGCUCCAGAACUAUGAUGAGAACGGCAGGAUCCACAGCUUGAGGAUAGACCGUGUCACUUACAAGGAAAAGAAGAAAUACCAGCCCAAACCUGCUGUGGCCCACAUAGCGGAGAGGGAGCAGGUGAUUAAACUGGGCACCACCAAUUACGAUGACUUCCUGAGCUUCGUCCAUGCAGUUCAGGACUGUCUCAUGGAUUUACCCGUGCUGUCCAUGGACUUGAGCACAGUCGGCUUAAACUACCUCGAAGAGGAGAUUACGGUGGACGUGAGGGACGAAUUCUCGGGCGCCGUAAGCAAAGGAGACAACCAGAUCCUACAGCACCGUGUCUUGACGCGGAUCCACAUUCUGAGUUUCCUCUCCGGGCUGGCCGAGUGCCGCUUGGGCCUCAAUGACAUCCUCAUCAAAGGAAACGAAAUCGUUUCUCGGCAGGACAUCAUGCCCACCACCACCACCAAGUGGAUCAAGCUCCACGAGUGCCGUUUCCAUGGGUGUGCAGACGAGGACGUGUUUAACAGUUCCCGAGUUAUUCUCUUCAACCCUUUGGACGCGUGCCGGUUUGAGCUGAUGAGGUUUAGGACGGUAUUUGCCGAGAAGACCUUGCCCUUCACACUCAGGACGGCAGCCAGCAUCAACGGGGCAGAGGUGGAGGUGCAGAGCUGGCUGAGGAUGUCCCCCGGCUUCUCUUCGAACCGCGACCCUCUGACUCAGGUUCCCUGUGAGAACGUGAUGGUGCGCUACCCAGUGCCCAGUGAGUGGGUGAAAAACUUCCGCCGGGAAAGUGUUCUCGGGGAAAAGUCUUUGAAAGCCAAAGUGAACCGGGGGGCAAGUUUUGGCUCCGCUGGUGCCUCUGGCUCUGAGCCAGUCAUGAGAGUAACUCUGGGAACUGCCAAGUAUGAGCAUGCCUUCAACGCCAUUGUGUGGAGGAUAAACCGGCUGCCAGACAAGAACUCAGCUUCUGGUCAUCCACACUGCUUCUUUUGCCACCUUGAACUUGGCUCGGACCGGGAAGUGCCUUCCAGAUUUGCCAAUGAUGUAAACGUCGAGUUCAGCAUGCCCACCACUUCUGCCUCCAAAGCAGCUGUGAGAUCCAUCUCUGUGGAAGACAAGCCCGGUGUCAGGAAGUGGGUCAAUUACUCCGCACACUACAGCUACAAGGUGGAGAUUGAACAAAAAAAGAGUUUGAAGCCAGACUUUGAGGGAGAGGAGUUGGACAACCCAAAGGAAUGUGGGGUACAGUGACAGUGGCCUACUGUGUAAGGAACUGAGGAACGCUGACUCACGCUCGGGUGUCUUCCUGAAUAACUCAAGUUCAAGUCAACACCUGCUGUGGCCGCUCCUUGUUGGGGGCGGUCUACCACCGUUUCCUGUGUGCAGUUACCUGUGUGUGACCGGAAAUCCUGAGGGGGUUGCUUUCAAUAGACUCCCUGACGCCGAGCACGCCUGCAGCCCGUGGUGCACCCGGCUUUGGGAGUUUAUUGUAUAUUGAGCCUCCUCGUCUCUUUUCUGCUUCUAUCAUGGCACUGGUAUGUGGUUGGUGGCGACUAUUAGAGACCCGAAAAGAACGGCCAACAUCAAUGUUGGCACGGUUUGCUCCCAGUAUCCAUCUGUCACUUGGAAGUUUCUGGGAAAAGCAGCCUGGAAAGUCAAUCAAGGAUCUGUCUCUAGUGGUCACCUCUGUGAAAGAGUCGGAGGAGUUUCAAAACUAUUUCCUCUUUGGGCCUACUAGGCCUUUUCUAAAACUCUCCAUUCUUUGAAUGCUGGUUUCACUCCACAGAGGUUGUCCAGAGGUUUCUCUACUAGUUCUGGAUUGUUCAAGAUCAAAAUACUUUUUUUCAACUUCUAUUUUUCCAUCUGCUAUCCUAAGUCAUGAUAGACAGUGGGAAAGGCCAAUCCGAUUUUUUUUUCCAAAUUCAGAGACUGGAGCUUAAUUCUACUAGUGGACUGGCUUGGAUUCACAGUCUGUUGAAGAGAAAGGAAAGCUGAACUUGUUUUUCUUCCCUUGAAGGAAAAGGGACAUUAAAUGUAAGUUUCUAUUCAGUUCAGAGGCCAGCUUCAAUCAUAAUGAACUGCCAAAUUCUCACUGAUCACUUCUAAUUCCUGAAAUACAGGCACAACUAUAAGAGAGGUGUGUGAGAGAGAGAGAGACACUUGGGAGUUCCUUUUAUACCUCAUAGGCAAUGACUGUUACAUGUCCCUUUAACUCAAAAUUUACAGGAAAUUGAAGCUCAAGAAAUCUCUGUAGAAGCUUAAUGGGAAUGAGUUUUGCCCCAAAUUCAGAGAUUGGGAGUCACAGUGUUGUGACAAGUUCAAAAAGGCAGAAGGCUCCAGGGUAGGGCUGGGGAAAGCCAGUUUCCCAGUGUCAUGACCAUGAACUCCUAAUUCCAAGAAUCAGAACGACCUCCUUUUCCCUCACCUGUCCCCAGCCUACCCACCCACCACUCCCCCACUCCCUGCUUAUUGCACCUUGGUGUUUCCUCUCAUGAAGAAUAAAGGGAGGGGACAGAAUGCAUAUUUUAUCAGACUUGGGAAAAUACCUGCAGUUUGGGACUGACUGAUCCAAGAUUUAUAAUAUUCAGUUCAUAUUUAGUGAGAUUGAACCAUGUACUGGCAUUAGAAAUGAUUGGAAAUCAUUGCAGUGUUUUGAACUAUGGCUUUUUGUUUUCAAGACAGGGUUUCUCUGUGUAGCCUUGGCCGUCCUGGAACUCUACCCUGUACAUAUGGCUGGCCUCGAACUCAGAGAUCCACCUGCCUCUGCCUAUGGAGUGUGGAGAAUUAAAGGAGUAUGCCACCACCUCUCAGCUUGAACUAUGUUUUUAACUAAGCAUUAGAUUGAAACGAAAAGGACAUGCUGCAUAGACAUAGAUGAGAAGACCUGUAUUUUGAGUUUUUAAAAUACAACCCUUUCAGUACAGAGGCGUGUGUGUGUGUGUGUGUGUGUGUGUGUGUGUGUGUGUGUGUGUGUGUGUAGGACUCAGGAGGCUUGGUUUUAUAGCAGUUCAUACAGAAAUGUUCUCUUAAGGAAAUGGGAGUUCAUUUUUGAACCAGGAAUAUAUCAUAGCUAUUCACAAAGCUAAUGCAUUCCAUCUGUGGUGGUUGGUGUUUAAACAGCUCUGCAUGGUGAUUGGCCAGCCCACGCCUGAAUGGAGGGUUACAUUCAAUUGUAGCUACUAUAUUUUAAGGGAGACAUUAAUAUGUUGAAUGUGUCCACAGGCAGGUGACCAAGGUUGUGAAGACCGUGAUUAUAUAAGGAACGGGGGGGGGGGGGGGUGUCCUGCAGAACAAGGGGUACAGCUAAGAAGGGAGUACAGAGAAGUUGGGAAAUGAUGUAAUAGCUGCUACAAAGUUUCUGCUAAGCUCUAAAAAAGAAGAGUUAGAUUUGUUUUGCAUAACUUCAAAGACAAAAAAGAAAACGAUCGAACCCGAAGAGAACUUCACAGACGACAAAUGUUUGCUCAAUAUCAGAAUCUUCUAGUAAGAAGUGUUCUAAAGAAGAGUCAAGUAAGAUGUCCUGCUGUAGCAAAUGCCCAGAGGUUAACGAAGCCACCCAUCCCAGGCACUGUGGAAGAGACAGUCAUGUUGGAUUUGGCCAAGGUGGUAGGAAAGAGUUUUCCAAACAGUCUUCAUAGGAAUGAGGCUCUCUGGCUCCAGAUAACCUUCCCUCUGUGUUUUCGUGCUGUUGGAGGACAGUGGGAUCCUCGAAAACAUUGUCACGGAAUUCCAUGUCAUUUCCGCUGCUGAGCUAAAGGCCGUGAGAGUUCUCGGGUGUCCACGUGCUUGGAGGGUUGGCAAGAGGAACGAAGGUCCUCCCUAGCUCAGCCCUGGCAGGGCCCUGCCCGGCUGCUAGCGUAGCUCGCUCAGUACCUGUGUUGUCUUCUCUCCCACCCACUUGGCUAAUUCUCCUGGCCUUGGUGCUUCUCCUGGACUGUUUGGAAUUUUGUUGUUGUUUUGCCUUAAUGAAACCUUGGGGGAAAAAAAUCUCCCCACCCCAUGCCAUUUAUAUUUAGCAAGCAAAUUAUCACUAAUUUUUAAAAAUCUGCUACCUUGGCUCCAUCAAAUUCAUUUUGCCUCUGCUGUGCUUAGGGUCAUUAUGGAUUACAGGUAGGGAACUGAGGGGCAUCAUGAAAUGUAUUUUAGGGCUUACUAAUAACUACAUUAAAAACCAUAGUUGGACAAAUUAUCCUUUGGAUAGGCAGAAUUUGUGCAUGCCAUGGUGGACUUCAGUUUUUAUUUUUCUUGUGGUUACAAAAUAAAAAAAAAAAAUCCUAGUCUAUGUUAUCAAUAAUGUAAAAAAAGAGGAUGGCUUUUUCCAGUACAGUUAGAACAUGUUUGGUGUCACAUGGUAUCAAAAACCGUUUAUUUUUGAGUCCAGGGCUUGCAUACUCACUCUACUCGAGCAGACAAGAGGACUGGUAAUGUAGCGCAGUGGUGGAGAACUUGCCUGGCAUGCACAAGGCCCCGGGUUCAACCCCCAGUACCACAUAAACAAACAACAAAAAAGAGAGUGGGGGUGUUUUGAGGACACAUCACUGACACCCCACUUGUAGAUGCAGUGCUGGCUGUUCCUUAUCGAAAGUUAGCCCUUUGUCCCUGUUAGAUUGUCUGACUGUUUCUUGUUGCUGUCUGUUUCGCUCUCUGUGGGCUUCCCCCUCUGCUCACUCCCUCCCCACAGUUACGGUCCAGGCUUGUAUUCCUUCAUUUAAAAGAGUUCUUAUUUGAAGUGAGACUAAUUUCUGUCUAGGACCGUGGUUGGGAUCAGGAAUGUAUGUCCCUACAAGCGCUGUUCCUGAGAGAUGUGAUAUACACGAAGACGAAGAACCCAUCACUGCGGUUCAAAUGCCUGUCGCCAAGUGUGAGCUACAAUACGGCCCGGCCACCUUAAUUCCUUCCUUCCGAGUCAAACACACUCAUUAAAUGAAUGGAAGUUAUCGGCACUUUGACUCUGAGACUACUUAUCCUCUGCUUAGCAUCCAAUGCUCACAUGGUAGCUAGAAAGCAGCAUUUAUUUUCCAGAGGACUUAAAUAACUUUGGCUUGGCUUUUAUCCCUGCCGCCAGUGUCAACCAAGUGUCAGGACCGAGACACUUAACGUGUGGCUGAAUCUCACUCGCAGUGUCCCUUGUUCACACUGGGAAACAUUUCAGAGGUGGAGGGCGCAGGUGCUGCCCACAGUUAGCCUAUUGAUCCCUUUUUAUUGCUGCCAGUCAAACAGACCUGCGAGCCUCUGCCCUGCCCGUGAGAGUGACUAGUGGAAGACGCGUGCAUCUGAUGGAGCGUGCAGCCAGUCCUGCUGGGUCAGGGCCUUGUCCUCCUAACGGUAACCACUGACCAGUGCUACUGUGCACAUCACGUCCCCGCAUGAGAUGGGGGUCUGAGACGGGAAAGCUGAGGCUCACCAGGUGAAGUCAUGAUUUCAAAGCUGAUUUCUGUAUUUCUAUUUUAUCAUCAGUUUAGGGGUUAAAAAAAAAAAAAACCAGGAGAUUGAGGUGACUUCUAUUUUUCCUUAAAAAUCCUAGAAAUUAAUUAUUAUAAGGUCAUCCAACCUACUUUUAUAAAUUCUCUUGAUUAAAAAGUGGUAAAUUUAACUCUUUUGGUUUUUCGAGACAGGGUUUCUCUGUGUGACUCUGGCUGCCCUGGAACUCGGUAGACCAGGCUAGCCUUGAACUCAUAGAAAUUCUCCUGCCUCUGCCUCCCGAGUGCUGGAAUUAAAGGCCUAUGCCACCGUCACAAAUGUAACCCUUCUAAGAAUGUCUGAUUUAAAUUAAUCCUAUCAUAUCUGAAGUUGAGAUUGCGAUUAGAGUUUGAUAGAGAAUUCAAGAACAGAACUAACAAAAAAUUAACUAAAAAUGUGCCACCUGUCCAAUGAAUCUUGUGUUAACACUUUACUACCAAACAAUAACGGCAUUUUAUAUAGAUUAGUCAGUAUAUUCUCACUAUGAUUUCAAUGGAUGUCUGCUAAACAUGACCAGUGUCGAUUUACCAGUUCCCUCCACAUUAUCACAUUUUAAUUAUGCUCUUUCUAAAUGAGAUUGGCUUUGGCUAUUAACAUUCAUAAUUGUGUAUUAAGGGAAAUAAAAGUGAAGGAAGAUAUAGAAGGCAAUCUUAAGCAUAGGAACAAAUGCAUGUGUUAGUAAUAUUCCCGUGGUCACCUAAGCCAGAACAUGGAGGUUUUAUAUUCUGGUGUGCCUUAGACAAUUUGCUAAUGAAAGUCCAGUCCUGUGCUUUAAUAUCUUGCAAUUCCAAGCCCAUGAAGGUAAAAAGUUUUAAUAGUACUAUGUUCUGCAGAACCUGGAACGAUGCCAAUAAAAAUUGGAUGUAAUGAAAAGCUACUAGAGAACAGACUAAAGAAAAUAAUAAUUUCAGUAUGAAAAGAGUUGGGAACAGCAUUGGCCACCAAGAUUCAACACUACCUGACCUGGAGGCCAUCUCUUAAAGUAAGGAGCUAUAGGAAAGCAGGGCUGGACCACAGAGCUCUCCAGUGUUGCUCAGAUUGCAUCAAGUGCUCUGGUUAAGGGACUGUGUUUGCAGCCAGGCACAGUAGGACGCUGAAGCCUCUAGGUAGCCCUGCUCUGAUGGCUUUGUGAAGGGAAGAGUUGGGCUUUCUGUGACUGUGCAUAAGCAUGGGGAUGAUCAUUAUUGCUAAUUCACCUGUCAGUUUCCCAACUUGACUUCAGUUUCCAGAGACAAAAGAGAGAGGGCUGAAGUUCCGUUUCUUUGGUUAUUUUUUUUUCCCCAGCUGUGGUUUUAUGGGUUGUUUCACAGAAUAUCCUUUCCUGCCAUAUUUUGUUGAUAUUGUGUGUCUGUAUGAUUCUUUAUAUAUGCUUAAGAACCAAGAAUUUAAAAUAUGUAAGCUGGAGAGACCAGCUAGUUUAUCUUUUUCCUGCUCAAAUUCCUUCCCUUCCUUAUAUGCUUAGAUGACAGAAAUGCAGGAAAGCCCCCCAAUUCUCUGUUCUGUGGUUGACUUCAAAAUACCAGUUCAAUACAAAGGUCGAAAGGGCAGUCUCCCAAGUGGAUAUAUAGGGAUAUGAAUGCCAGGUAAAACAUAAGGAGGUCUACUCUCCAAGUAUUGAAGAUGUUAGGAUGUAAGAUGUUAAAAUUAUCUAUGAUUUAUAGAUACAGCCUUUUAUGUAGCUGGCUAUAGGACGGAGGGGAAAACAGAUGAAUCUGGAGCCAUCUGUAAUUAUAACAAAGUCAAAUGAGAGAAAACCGCCUGUUAAAAUGUACUUAAUUUUUUCUUAAUGUGGAUCAUUAUAAAAUAUCUUCUCUGUGGGGUAUGUUUGCAUGUGACUUCAGUUUCUUCUCUGGUUAUCCUUACUCAGAUAUAAUGGGUCAGUUCUAACUGGUUGGAUGGAAAUCCUAGCAUCCUCUCCUUCUUCAUUCCCAUGUUCCACCUGAGAUGAAACUCCAGUUCUCACUGUGGACACUACCCAUACUGUAACUGAAGCCUUAAGCACCAGCUUACGCUCACUUCUGAGUGCUUUUUGAUGGCCAUCCCAGUGAGACUCCACAGCAGCAGUUCUGUGAAUGCAGAUGGACAAGGAGCUCCCCCUGUUGGGUUUAAGGGUUUGCAAGAAUGGUGUGUGAGAAGGAUGAGGUGAAUCCCUUCCCUUACAGCCAGCAUUCUUUAUCGUUUAUGUUCACUUGCCAACAGAAACUGGAGAACCCUUUGCCAUUUUCAGAAGGCUAAUCGGGGUCAGUGUUUGAGAAAAGGAAAGACAGAGGAGCCUCCCCCCCUCCAUUUUUGUGAUGUCCAUGUGAAUUUCAGCGUGUCUGGGUAAUCGACCCCAAGAUCCAAUGAAUGACUUGACUGAUCUAAGGCUUGUGUUUCCCUUCUCUGUCACUUAUCCUCACUCAGUGUAACUUCUUGCACUAUUGUGGUUAAUUUUAUGUAAAACCAGUUAACUCUAAAAAGAAUGUGCCUAUGUAAUCGAGUCUACACACUGGCUAUUUCUGUAGAGGUGAUGUUUUGUUUUUGAUGUUUGUAUUUGCUGAAUAAUCUGUAAUGUCUUUUUUGAGCUAUGAAAAGGAAGUAUUAAUAAAAAAAAUUUAAGCAAA